GUGCCACCGUGUCCAGAGUCCUCCUCGGUACCUGAGCCUUAGUCUGAGGCUUGUUUACAGCGGCGGUGCCAGGCCUGUGAGGUCGGCAGGAUAACAACGUGCUCAGUUUUAUUGCCCCGGUUUUUCUUUCGUUACAAGGGUCAUUAUAUGAAAGCAACAAUCUGGAUCGAGGCGGCAGCAGCAGGAAGAAGAAGAUAGAGGAAUUCUCUCGGUCUUCUCGGGAGAAAAUCGUCCAGUCCAAGAACAAGAUGUUCUCCAAAUUUACCUCUAUUCUGCAGCAUGCUGUGGAAGCGCUGGCCCCGUCGCUGCCUUUGCAGGAGGACUUUGUCUAUCACUGGAAGGCCAUUACACAUUAUUACAUCGAGACUUCUGAUGACAAAGCUCCGGUCACAGACACAAACAUCCCGUCUCACCUGGAACAGAUGCUGGACAUCCUGACCCAGGAGGAGGCGGAGCGGGAGUCUGGAGAGACCGGACCCUGUAUGGAGUAUCUCCUGCACCACAAGAUCCUGGAGACGCUCUACACACUGGGAAAAGCAGAUUGUCCUCCAGGGAUGAAGCAGCAGGUGCUAACGUUUUACACAAAGCUGCUUGCACACAUUCGUCAGCCUCUCCUGCCCCACAUCAAUGUCCACCGACCUGUACAGAAACUGAUCCGGCUGUGUGGGGAGGUGCUGGCUGCUCCAACGGAAAACGAGGAGAUCCAGUUUCUUUGUAUCGUCUGUGCCAAACUGAAGCAAGACCCGUACCUCGUCAACUUCUUCCUCGAGAGCAAGUCAAAGCGACCUGAAACAAAGAGUCCGGUGAAGGAGAACGUUUUGGCUCCAGACACGGGUCAGUCUCCGUCAGAGGAACAACCUGAGGGGUCGCCGGCUGUAGCUGCUGCCUCCACCUCCAGUCCAACCAACAAUAACAACAACAACAACUACAACCUCGUCUCCUCCCUGCUCAACCUCACAAAGAGCCCCGAUGGGAGGAUAGUAGUGAAGGCGUGCGAAGGUCUGAUGCUGCUGGUCAGUUUACCGGAGCCUGCAGCCGCCAAGUGUUUGACAGAAAAUACGGAGCUCUGUGACCUUCUGACCAACAGGCUGGUCUCCUUUUAUAAAGCUCUGCCACAGUCUAUGGACCCUCUGGACAUCGAGACCGUGGAGUCCGUCAACUGGGGUCUGGACGUGUACAACCUUAAAGAGGACGCUGCUGUCUUCACGGGGAAGCGAGCCCUCAUCUCCUUCCUGUCCUGGCUCGAUUACUGCGACCAGCUCAUCAAAGAGGCUCAGAAGUCAGCAGCUGCUGUGAUGGCGAAGGCAGUGAGGGAGCGAUUCUUUGUGUCUGUGAUGGAACCGCAGCUAAUGCAGACGUCUGAGGUAGGCAUCCUGACCUCGACUGCGCUGCUGAACAGGAUCAUCAGGCAGGUGACGUCGGAAGCUCUCCUGCAGGAGAUGGUUUACUUCCUGCUGGGAGAGGAGAGGGAGCCGGAGGCGGCGGCCACCAUCGCUCAGAAUCCGCUCAGACACAGACUCAUCGAGCACUGUGACCACCUGUCAGAUGAGAUCAGCAUCAUGACUCUGCGGCUGUUCGAGCAGCUCAUCCAGAAACCCAACCAGCACAUCCUCCACAGCCUGGUGCUGCGCAGCCUGGAAGAGAGGAACUACCUGGAGAACAAACCUCAGGAGGAGCGGGAGCCUCUGGAGAACGGGCAGCCUCAUGAUGCAGUAGACCUGGAGGAGGAUCCGCUGUUCGGUGAUGACGUCUCUCCUGACAGCAGGAUGUCCGGUUCUGAUUGGCUCAGCUCGUCUCCUCCUCUGAGCCCUGAACACUCAAAGUCAGACGGUAAAACGGAGGUCCAUAAGAUCGUCAACAGUUUCCUGUGUUUGGUUCCUGAUGAGGCAAAGUCUUCGUAUCAGGUGGAAGGGACGGGAUACGACACCUACCUCAGAGAUGCGCACAGACAGUUCAGGGAUUACUGUGGCAUCUGUCAGCGGUGGGACUGGAGGGGGAAUCCAAAACCAUUUGAAAAGUGUAACCUGGACACCCCGUUCUUCGAGGGACAUUUCCUUAAGGUUCUCUUUGACAGGAUGGGUCGUAUCCUGGAUCAGCCCUACGAUGUGAACCUGCAGGUGACGGCCGUGCUCUCCAAACUCUCCUUGUUGCCACACCCACACCUUCACGAGUACCUGCUGGACCCCUACAUCAACCUCGCCCCCGGCUGCAGAUCUCUGUUCUCCGUCAUUGUCAGGGUGGUGGGGGAUCUCAUGUUGAGGAUUCAGCGUAUCCCAGACUUCACACCCAAACUGCUGCUGGUGAGGAAGAGAUUACUGGGACUGGAGCCAGAGGGCAUCACCAUCGACCACAUGACUCUCCUGGAGGGCGUGAUCGUGCUGGAGGAGUUCUGCAAAGAGCUGGCAGCCAUCGCCUUCGUCAAAUACCACGCAGCUGCCUCGUCCUCGCCGUGAUCCACUUCCUGCUGUUCGUCCAUCUGCCUCGCUCUGCAGACAGGUCAGGAUGUGACUUUGAGGGUGUGGUGGCACCGGUGGUACAGGGUCGGAACAAACUUUACCACUAACUGCUCGUCCCGACUGUUAGAGCCCACGGUUUCUUGGCUCCGCCUCCUUUAAACCUCCUGGGCUGCACCAUAAAAAGUCUUUGGUCUGUUUUUGAGCGAUCGGAGCGUAGACACUGCCCGGCUCCAGGAGGAGGAGGAGGAGGAUGGAGGAGAGCAUCGCUCACGGGACUCUACUUCCUGCCGCUGCGUUUCUCUCCCUCUCCUCCUCUCUAGCCAAAAGACGCCAUCCUGUAAUUACUCUGUCACGGACAAAAUCUUUGUGUAUUUAUUUCCUGUCCCGUUGUGGCCCAUUUGUAAAAGUCAUUGCCUUAGUGUGGAUUCACACCUUUCAGUUACAGAUUGUUUCCUUUUGAAACAUUUUAAUCGUAAAUCGUCGCGUGUUGUCUGUUUGAAGACAAGAGGCCACAGAAACGUCCACUCACUCUUAACCUUAUAUCACACCUGUAGUUACAUACAUGUUGAAAUACUGCAGUAUUUAAGAUACUGUGCUCAUAUUUUAGAUGCCAAGUCCUCUUAUUUAUUUGCUUUCAGGUUGCCUUUUUAACUAAUAAUGUCAAUAAGAUGAAAAAAUGAUUAAGGCCAUGUUUACACGACAACGAUCCACUGAAAAUUGAACCGGUUUUUAACAAAGUUCUGCUCUCAGUCAACAGUUUCAGUAACAGCUGCCAUGCAUUCAAACAGGAUCAUGCUCGUUCUCCUCCUUCCACAGAGCAGAAGUGAGGUAGACACAUAGAAAAAUGGUUAAAACACUAUUAUUUGUGCAGACGGCACAGCAGUGAGCAGCACAAACUCAGGAGGCCGCCAUUGUUGUAGUCCAGAUACUAAUUAAUAUCAACAGGAAGUGUAAUAAAUGUGCAAAAAUUCUCUGUUUUCAGAGGAACUGCUCGUGGCAAGUUUAUACAAUGAUGGAGACAGCAGUGUUCAGAUCGUUCCUGUUUUCAGGCACAAAAACCGCCAUUGUCGUGUUAAAGAGCAGCCAACAUAAAACGUUUCACCGUUUCCAGCUGAAGUUGUGUAAACGUGGCCUGAAACAGUCUAAAAGGACUGAAUAACGGAUGUUUGUCUCUUUUAUUUGUGUUUUCCUGUUUGUCUCUAAGUGCUUCAUCUUUAAUCACCCAAAGAUUUCAGCAUCCAUCAAAUCCUGUCGAGGGAAUUUUGCGAAUGAUGUGAAUUUUGCACACAGAUAUCGUUGCUUUUGCGCUUGUUACAUUAUUCAUACAUGCUGUUUUUUUUUUUUUGUUGUUGUUGUUUUUGGUUUCAUGGGAAUCUCUAUGUUGUGGGAAAAGACUUUUUAUUUCUUAACUCAUCAUCGCCUCUGAAAUAUUCUGCAGAUCCAGUGUUGUAUUCCUCACACCAGUGUUUAUUUUAUCCAAAAGAUUGUCUGACUGGUUUUACAUUUGUUUUCUAGAUUGUUCGCAAGAGUUGAUGUAAAAGAUGGGAGUGUGCAGAGAGUCAAGUGUCUGGUUUUAUCGACAAAUGUUAAAAACAACUACAUUUAUCUGUUAAAUUUAAGCCAUUAACAGUUUAGCAUAUUUUCACACUGACCAUUUUCUGCUGAUCACAUUCUGCAGGUGGAGAGCUCAGAUUUUAUUCUGAUGCUUUGCUGCAUGUAUUGCAAUGCAAGUCUGACCAAAAGUGAGGCUUGGUAGUGAAAAUGAGGGUGUUUUAAGUUAAAAUGUCCUCUUUGAAAACUUUUUCCAAACAUCAGAUAACAGGAUUAAUGGUCAACUGGGGCUGCACAGAAACUACAGUUUUAUUGAGUCAUAAGCUUAAUAAACACAGUAAAAGUCUGAAGUUUUCUCUAAGCAUUUUGCACACACUCACAGUUUUCAUUGUCAGAAGAAAUUUCUGGGAAAAACUCAACAUUUUGGGGAUUAUAGAAUGGUAAAAUAAAAAGAACGCAAAUUCAGAAUUUUCUAGUUUAAAAUUCCAAAGUUUGACUUUACAGCUUAAUAAAUUUUAAAUGUAAAAAGUCAAAUUCUCAGAAACCAAACUGAAAACAGCCUGUGUGUGCAGUGUUGUCUCUUCUGAGUCCAGAUAAAAGUAUAGAAUGUGAUGAUUCUGGACUAACAUCACAAGGAUUUCCUUAUUGAUCAGUCCAGAGUAUGAUCUGAUCAGGUUCUCACCUGCAAGACUCGUGGAAGGAAAAUGGCUCCAACUGGUACGAUUUUCUCUGACACGAUCGACUAUUUUUCAACUUUAUAAUCUCAGAUUCUUAGCUUUCCUCCCUGUAAAUGUACAAGUUUUUAACUUAACUAGUUAUUUUUCUCUAAAAUUAACAAAUCCUCUUUAUUAUUCAUCUAUUUUUUAGAGUGGCCCUCAUCUACCGUCAUUCAGAAUAAUGACGGUAUAUUCAUGUUUUCCUCAGAUCGCCAUGGUUUCAUUUCUGGUCAGAAGAAAAUGGUCACUGUGUAAAUAUGGUGGAUGACUUUAUUGAACUUAAAAAACAUUAAGUUUGUUUUUGUCUGCAGUCUGGAAACAAGCAAACGUGUGAUUUUGUGUGAUUUUUAUUUGUCAGAUUAUUUCAGUUUAAAAUAAUUGAAUCUGAAAAGUCCAGAAGAGGAUCAGGGCUGGGAGGGAAGGAAGAAACAACGCACUUUAAGAACAAAGGAGGAGAAAAAUAAUCUAAAUUUUCUGAAAGUCAAAUCUUUAACAAAUGGUGAAACUUUAACAGCCAGGCCAUGUUUAUAGUUUAGUUUAUUCGUUUAUCAAGGGGACAGUGUGCAAUGAUAUUGAUCAUUCAUACAGAGUAAAUGAAAACAAUGAUUAGCGAGUCACUAAUUUCCAUCUGUUGUCCCACAUAAAACUGACACAAAACAAACGUAAAAGUCCAAAAAACAAGGGCAGACACCUGACAGGACCACAGCUGACAAGACAAAGUACAAAAAAAAAUAAACUAUUGAUCAUUAUAGAGGAUGAUAAACCCUAACCCUACUAUGUACUAAUUGUAUACGGUUAAGAAAGUAGUCUAAAAUUUUCACACAUGUAUUUUAAGGCUAAGGCCUAAUACACUAGAUAAAAAAAAACCAUUAAUAGACCCUGUUCUAUGAGAUAUAUAAAGUGUAGAGCAUUGUAAUAAAAUGACCAUUGUUAUGAAAGAGAAAGAACCUUCUUAAAUAUCGUUUCAUCAGUAGAAGAUUCUCUGUUAGUCUAAUAAGGUUUGUCUUUAGUGCUCAGAGUUAUUUUUCCCUUCACCCCUGGCUCUAAUCCUCCUCCAGGCUUUCCAGAUUCACUCAUUUUAAAUUUAAAAAGAACAAUUUCUUUCUAAAAAACUAACAUUGGUUCAAAACCCUGAAGGCCAGAGAUGAACUUGCUGUUAACUACGUGUAAAUGGAUGCAUCAUGGCCGCCGUGCGUCUGGUGGCGGGCUCGCCCUCAGAAACAGGAGAGUUCAGUGUGGACCAUCAGCAGAGACAGCAAUGACUGAAAGCUUUAGAGACAAACGUCUUUGUGACGUGUCGGUGUCUCUGCACAGAGAUGGACAAACAAGCUGGGAGGAGACUGUUUUAGACUUCAGUGAGUUAACCUGCAAAAAUAAAUGAGAUUGGUGUUACAGUUCAGAAAGAGACCAUGUUAACUGGUGACCUCCAAUGAGUGCAGUCGUGACUUUUCUCUCUUAUUUAAGUAUUUACUAAACACAUAUCUGAUGAGGAUAUUUGGACAUUAUCAUGAAAAAUGAAAUUUAGAGGCAUUCAUGACAAUAUCUGAGAGUGCAGUCACUAGUUAGCAUGGUCACUAAUUAACCCCUUAAAGCCUGUUGUAUCAUAUUUGAUACAUACUUUUAUGAUACCUCUAUCUAAUCAAUAUGAUCAUAAAUGACAAAAAAAACCCUUCUGAAUACAAUCUGAAAAAUGAUAA